CCGAGGCUCCUCUCGCUCCUCUCGGCGUCAGCAAGGCAGCCGCGGCCGUUUGGGCGAGUCGGUGAGGGGGGGAAAAAAGAGCCCCAGCCGUGGUCGCCGGACAACACUUGAGGCGAGCGGCCUUCGGAGCGCGGGUCCUGAAUGAAGAUUGACAUGGGUUUCUGCAGUGCCACUUGAAGUCUCUUGCACUGUGGAAUGGAUUGAUUUUUUUUUUUUUGAUGGAGAUUUUACAGUAGACUGGAAUAAAGCACCACGGCUGUGAAUUCUGCUUCUGCUCUGUCACUGGACAUAGCAAAGGAAAGACUCUCUCCCCUGCCCUCCCCCCUUUCCUAUUUCCCCCUCCACCCCCACUUCCAAUGAAGAAAGCACAGUAUCAUCUCACCUUACUGAUUUAGACCACACCACCUUCCAGGACAGAUGGUCUGUCAAAAGCUGUAGGAUGCCUGUGGAGAACAUCAUAAUGAAGUAGCAAACUGAUAGCAGUGCUGCUGCCUAAUUGUCAGGAUCAUAGCCGACAGAGCUGCACUGCCCUUUACCUGCUUCCUUAAUCGGGUCAGAAACAGCAGGGUGAACAUGGCUGGCCUCGUUAACAACCUGCUAAUAUUGUUCCUUAUUUUUCAAAACAGCUGUUUGGCUUUCAGAAGCCCACUUUCUGUCUUUAAGAGGUAUAAGGACUCUGCCAAGUCACAUUCUAAUGAGUGCCUGGGCAGCAACAGGCAGUUGGUUCCUCUAAGUUUAUCAGAUUUUGCAUUGGACAUUCGCAUGCCGGGGGUAACUCCUAAGCAGUCUGAUACCUACCUUUGCAUGUCUGUCCGUUUACCAGUGGAGGAGGAAGCCUAUGUAGUUGACUUCAAACCUCAUGCUAGCAUGGACACUGUCCAUCAUAUGCUGCUCUUUGGAUGCAACAAUCCAUCUUCAGAUGAAGAUUACUGGGACUGUGAUGGAGGAACAUGCACGGACACAUCUAAUAUUUUGUAUGCUUGGGCAAGAAAUGCACCACCAACAAGACUACCAAAAGGUGUUGGAUUCAAAGUUGGAGGAGAAGAGGGCAGCAAAUACUUUGUCCUCCAAGUGCAUUAUGGAGAUGUUAGUGCAUUCAAAGAUAAACACAAAGACUGUUCUGGUGUAACUUUACAUCUGACUAAUCAAAAGCAGCCUAUGAUUGCUGGCAUGUAUCUUAUGAUGUCCAUGGAUACUGUUAUACCACCAGGGGAGAAAGCAGUUAAUGCAGAUAUUGCUUGCAAUUAUAAAAUGUAUCCAAUGCACGUGUUUGCCUACAGAGUACACACGCAUCAUUUAGGAAAAGUAGUAAGUGGAUAUAGAGUUAGAGAUGGUCAGUGGACGCUGAUUGGCAGGCAGAGUCCUCAGUUGCCACAGGCAUUUUACCCUGUAGAAAAUCCUGUUGAAAUUAAGUAUGGAGAUACUCUAGCAGCAAGAUGCCUGUUUACUGGGGAAGGCAGAUCUUCAAAAACAUUCAUAGGGGGCACAGCUAGUGAUGAAAUGUGCAAUUUCUACAUUAUGUAUUACAUGGAAGCCAAACAUGCAGUCUCAUACAAGACUUGUACAAGGAACAUAAACCCAGGGAUGUUCAAAAACAUACCACAGGAGGCAAACAUUCCCAUUCCAGUCAAGCCUGAUAUGACCAUGGUCCAUGGGCAUCAUGAAGAAGCUAAAAGUGGAGAUACAGUUUCUGUUAUGCAACAGCCAAAAAGAGAUGAGGAGGAGGUUUUAGACCAGGGUGAUUUCUAUUCACUCAUUUCCAAGCUGCUAGGAGAAAGGGAAGAUGUUGUUCAUGUGCACAAGUAUAACCCUACAGAAAAGGCAGAAUCAGAUCUUGUAGCAGAGAUUGCUAAUGUAGUCCAGAAGAAGGAUCUUGCUUGGCCUGAUGCCAGAGAGUUUUCCAAUGAAGAUGAAAGGGCCAAUGCCAUUCUUGUCAGAGACAGAAUCCACAAAUUCCACAGAUUAGAAUCCACCCUGAGGCCACCAGAGAGCAGGCACCUUGCUUUGCAGCCACCUAAACCUGGCAGUGGAAACUGGGAAAAAGAACGUACAGGAGAUUUAAACAUAGAAGAAGUAGUUGAUUGGCCUGGAAUAAACCUCAAGCUUGGGCAGGUUUCUGGGCUGGCUUUGGAUUCUAACAGUAACCUGGUCAUCUUCCACAGGGGCGAUCAUGUAUGGGAUGCAAAUUCAUUUGACAGUGGAUACAUUUAUCAACAAAAAGGACUUGGGCCCAUUAAAGAGAGCACUAUUCUUGUACUUGAUCCCAAUAGUUCAGCAGUUCUUCAUUCCACGGGAAGAAAUCUGUUUUAUUUACCACAUGGCUUGAGCAUAGAUCAUAAUGGUAACUAUUGGGUGACAGAUGUAGCUCUUCAUCAGGUAUUCAAACUGGCAUCGAAUGGUGCGGAAUCUCCUUUGUUGUCUUUUGGGAGGGCUUUGCAACCUGGGAGCGACAAAUACCACUUCUGCCAACCCACGGACGUGGCAGUGGAUCCAGUUACUGGCAAUAUUUACAUAUCCGAUGGCUACUGCAAUAGUCGUAUUGUCAAGUUCUCUCCAAAUGGAAUGUUUGUCAUGCAGUGGGGAGAAGAGAGUUCUGUUGGACAAACUAAACCUGGCCAGUUCAGCAUCCCCCACAGCUUAACACUGGUGUCUGAUUUUGGUCAACUCUGUGUAGCAGACAGAGAAAAUGGUCGGAUCCAGUGUUUUAAGCCAGAAACAGGAGAAUUUAUUAAAGAAAUCAGGCACCCACUGUUUGGAAGAGAAGUAUUUGCAGUUUCAUAUGCCCCAGGUGGUCUGCUGUUUGCAGUUAAUGGAAAGCCGUACCCUGGAGACACGGUGCCCGUGCAAGCAUUCAUGAUGAACUUUUCAACUGGAGAAAUCAUUGACACUUUCAUUCCACUUAGAAAGAAUUUUGAGAUGCCACAUGACAUUGUUGCUUCCGACGACAGAACGGUGUAUGUUGGUGAUGCUCACACCAACACAGUGUGGAAAUUUGCAUCCCCAGAAAAAAUGGAGCAUCGGUCGGUUAAGAAGGCUGGGAUUGAGGUACAGGAAAUAAAAGAAGCAGAGGCUGUUAUAGAAGCCAGACUGACAAACAAACCGAUGUCAAAGGAAUUGUUAAAGAAAGAAGAAAAGCACCCCGUGGUCCAGCAGGCCAGCACUGGAGUUUCUGUUGUCCUUAUUACGACGCUUCUAAUUAUUCCAAUCGUCGUCCUUUUGGCAAUUGCAGUAUUUAUCCGGUGGAGAAAGACAAGAAUCUAUGGAGCUGAUGCCGAACAUAAACUUGAUUCAAGUUCAGGGGGAAUCCUGGGCAAAUUUAGAGGAAAAGGUGGCGGAGGCCUCAAUCUUGGGAACUUCUUUGCAAGCCGCGCAGGCUACAGUCGAAAAGGAUUUGACCGACUUAGUACGGAAGGGAGCGACCAAGAAAAAGAUGAAGACGAUGCCACAGAUUCAGAAGAGGAAGAUGCUGUUCCUCACCCUCCAACGAUACCUCCAUCUUCCUGAAAUUGGCCUUUGAUUUCUACAUUGUAUGACUCUACAACGAUUGCCGGAUUUAGCACGUUUUAAGAUUUUGUGUAUUUAAUUGUAAACUGUACUAGUCCUUUGUGCGACUGUACACAAUUCCCCCCCCCUCCCUUUGGCUUCAGUUUGGUUUUAGAGUGUGACCAUUUCAUAUCAGUGCCAUUGUCUUCUGUGAACCUUUUAAUAAAGCAGAACAAUCCCAUUUUAAUUGCAGUAAUGAUUUUGAAAGUAGUAGUAUCUGCUCAUUUCAGUUAGGGACCUUCUCUAUAUUUGUAAAUAAGUCCCAGCCUCUGCUUUAAGAAAACAUUUUUUCAGUUCCAAUUUUUUCUUUUGUGCCUUUUCACGUUCAAUGCCCUUAACCUAUCACAGAACAGAGAGAAUUUAGUGCCACAAUGAAACAAAGCUGCUAAAACUCCUAUUUUUUAAAGAAAAAUCACUAGCAUUCUGUUGCUUUGAGGGAAAGAUUUUUAAAGCCUCUAUUUAAAACGGUUUUUCUUCUUCCUCGAGAAUUUGUGUGUUUCCAGGAUGUUCUUAUUUUUAGAUGGUUAUACUGUUAGAACACUAUUUUCAGAAGCUGAAUGUAAUUUGUGUAAUAAAGUGUUCGCAGAGCAUUCGC